AUGACAAUUUUCACGAAAAGCGAAACCACCGAGGAGACCAAAAAGCCAGUCGAUGGUGCCAAGGAAGAGAACCCAAAGCAGGUUGUCGUCUGCGAAGCUGAAGAGGAAAAACAUAUCAGCAAUUGCGGAUGGAUUCCGAUGGAAGGCGGAAAUUUUGAUAGGCCAAAGGAGAAGAGAAGCUCGUCGUUCGGACCAUUGUCCAUUAUUCGGCUUUCUCCGUCGCCGCUCGCCCGAACUCCGUCGCCAUCACCGCCAGAUUAUGAUAAUGCAAUGAACAAUAGAAGGAUGCGCCAAUGCACGAAACUCACCUUCACUCUUAUCGCCAUUUUCUGUUUCGUCAUUCUCGUCUCUGUUGCUUAUCAAAAGGGAGUCUACCACGGAUGGAACGCAGCAACUUACUCAAACAAGGGACUUACUGAGAGACUUGUUCAAAACGUCGAGAUUAAUCCAACCGAAUCUUAUGAGAAGAUUCAAGUGCCAAGGUUCGGCGCCAACCGACCCGCUGUGUUUUUGCACGAUUUCAAAAAGAAUUUGACUGCUAUUGUCGAUGUGAUGGGAAAACGAUGCUUUGUGAAGGAGCUUGAUCGUGCCCGUGUUGCGUCGCCAAAAAGUUUCAUCGACAUGCUUAAAGCAAUUGAUUCUACAACUCCCGAUCUUCGCUCUUUGAACACCCGCGUUGUUCGUGAAAGCUUCCGCGUUGGAACCGCUCUCAAUGAAUCUGAGAUCGCAAAACUUUCGAGCCCAAUGCUCAUCAGACAUUGUGCAUUCCGUCCAACCUACAUGCUCAGCAGACAAGAGCAGAAAACCCGCUCAAAACGAGGCAAUGCGUAUUCCAUGAUUCCUAUCUAA